AUGGAGCUAGGAGAAGAUUCGUCCCCACAGAGGAAAUCUGGGAGAGGAAAGAUCGAGAUCAAACGGAUCGAGAACACAACCAAUCGUCAAGUUACUUUCUGCAAACGCAGAAAUGGUCUGCUCAAGAAAGCUUACGAACUCUCUGUUCUUUGUGACGCUGAAGUAGCACUCAUCGUCUUCUCUAGCCGUGGCCGUCUCUACGAGUACUCAAACAACAGGGCUUCCGAUCUUCUUUGCUAG